GACGAGUUCACCAAAGUUAGCUUACAAUAUAACUUUCUGUGUCUGAUCUCAGUAAGAAACCAUGGAAUUUCCAGCACCAUUAAGCUUGAAAGAUACACGAUUGUUUGAACCCUUGAAAGUGGGCUCGGUAACUUUGAGCCAUAGGGUUGUUCUGGCACCUUUAACCAGGUUCAGGGCAGAGCAGAAUGUACCACAGGAAAUCAUGGUACAGUAUUACCGUGAUCGCUCUUCAAAACCUGGAACCUUGGUAAUUACUGAAGCCAUUGCUGUUUCUCCACAGGAUGCUAACUUGAACCAACCUGGUAUUUGGGCAGAGAACCAAAUCGACGGAUGGUCACAAAUCUUUCACACGAUUCAUGAGAAUCAAUCAUAUGUCUUUGUUCAAUUGUUUUCCCUUGGAAGACAAGCAUCUCCAGCGUAUUUGAAAAGAAAUGGUUAUGACUAUGUGUCUGCCAGUGCAGGCUUAUACAAAGACGAAGCCUCUGAGAGAGAAGCCUUUGAACAUGGUUUGGCUCAAAGAGAGCUAACCAUUGAUGAAAUUCAUCACUACACUAACAAGUUUGUCAUUGCGGCUCAGAAUUCAAUCCGUGCUGGUGCUGAUGGAGUAGAGCUCCAUGCUGCAAAUGGAUAUCUGCUCAACCAAUUUUUGGAUCCUAUUAGUAACGUGAGAACAGAUCAGUACGGGGGAUCUAUUGAAAACAGGGCACGGUUUCUACUGGAAACAGUAGACGCAGUUAUUGAUGCCAUUGGUGCUGAUAAAGUAGCUGUUAGGCUAUCGCCUUUUAACGUAUUUGGCGGAAUGUCUGGUGUUGAAGAGACUCUUAUCGUGGCCCAAAAUGCCUACGUCAUUGGAGAGCUCGAGAAAAGAGCUCAACAAUCUGGUUACAGAAUUGCGUACAUCUCAAUAGUUGAGCCGAGAGUAAUUGACUCGAACUUGGAAGGUGACUCAGAUAUCAGUCAAGGUUCUUUCAUCUCAACCGACUUCAUAUACUCCAUAUGGAGAGGCGUCGUUAUUAAAGCUGGUAAUUUUGCGCAUCAUCCAGAGCUGAUUAGAGUGGAAACUGAUAAGCCUCAAACAUGUAUUGCGUACGGGCGAGUCUUCAUAUCCAAUCCCGAUCUUCCUGAUCGUUUAUACAAUGGAUGGCCACUGGCAAAGUACAACCGUGAUACGUUUUACACGUCAGAAGAUGAAGGUUAUAACGACUAUCCAUUUUACUCAGAAUAAUAUAUGUCUCGUC